CCUUUGGCAGCGUGUUCUGGUCCUCAAUUCCACCGAGAAGGGAUGGAGGAGAGUCGGAGAGUCGUGUCGGGUUCGGACGCCGACCCGGUGCGCAACUUCGAGCGUUGGAAAAAGAGGUACGCCAAACGCAAAGACAAGCAGCGGCAACAGCGCAAACAAAAGAAACCGGAGUGGGAAGUGGAGAGGGAGUCAAUCGCCGCUUUGGAAAGGCGCUACACAGAGAUAAAUACAAAUGACAUUACAAGAUUUUCUGAUUUCCCACUAUCCAGGAAAACUCUGAAAGGCUUACAGGAAGCUCAGUAUCGCAUGGUGACUGAAAUCCAGAAGCAGACCAUAGGUUUGGCAUUGCAGGGUAAAGAUGUGUUGGGAGCUGCCAAGACAGGAUCCGGCAAAACGUUGGCUUUCAUUGUACCUGCUCUAGAAAUCUUAUACCGCCAACAGUGGACUGCCAUGGAUGAACUGGGUGUUUUGAUAAUAUCUCCUACCAGAGAAUUGGCUUACCAGACGUUUGAAGUCCUGCGUAAAGUGGGGAAAAAUCAUGAAUUUUCUGCAGGUCUAAUCAUUGGUGGAAAGGACUUGAAACAAGAAUCAAGCAAAAUCCAUAAUAUGAAUAUCCUCAUUUGUACUCCUGGUCGUCUUUUACAACACAUGGAUGAAACCUCGUAUUUCCAUGCCUCCAAUCUUCAAAUGCUGAUCCUUGAUGAAGCUGAUAGAAUUCUGGACAUGGGCUUCGCUGAUACCAUGAAUGCAAUUAUAGAGAACCUUCCCAAAAAACGGCAGACCCUGCUUUUCUCAGCCACGCAGACCAAAUCUGUGAAGGACCUUGCUCGGUUGAGCUUGAAGGAUCCAGAAUACAUCUGGGUGCAUGAAAAAGCAAAGUUCAGUACUCCAGCAACUUUGGAACAGAACUACAUUGUUUGUGAACUGCACCAGAAAGUCAAUAUGUUGUACUCUUUUCUGAAAACUCACCUGAAUAAGAAGAGUAUUGUAUUUUUUGCAAGCUGUAAAGAGGUUCAGUACUUGUUUAGAGUAUUUUGUCGCCUUCGUCCGGGUCUCCCUAUACUAGCUCUUCAUGGCAAACAACAACAGAUGAAAAGAAUGGAAGUAUAUCAAGAUUUUUUGCGCAAGAAAUCGGCAGUUCUUUUUGCUACGGAUCUUGCAGCUCGUGGGCUAGAUUUCCCUGCUGUGAACUGGGUCAUUCAGUUUGACUGCCCAGAAGAUGCAAAUACAUAUAUUCACAGAGUUGGGAGAACAGCCAGAUACAAAGAAGGUGGUGAAGCUCUCCUCGUUUUGCUUCCUUCAGAGGAAAAUGGCAUGAUUCAGCAGCUGUCACAGAAAAAAGUUCCUGUCAGCAAUAUCAAAAUCAAUCCUGAGAAACUUUUAGAUGUCCAGAAGAAACUGCAGUCCUUACUGGCUCAGGAUCAAGAUUUGAAAGAACGUGCACAACGGUGUUUUGUUUCUUACCUACGAUCUGUCUAUCUAAUGAAGAACAAAGAAGUCUUUGAUGUGUUAAAGUUAUCCAUUGCUGAAUAUGCCCUCUCUCUUGGACUUGCAGUGGCCCCUCGUGUCCGAUUUCUCCAGAAAGUCCAGAAGAAAAUGCAUACAAUGGAGCCUGAGAAAGAGGGGACUGAGCAGGCUGAGGACACACAGUUUUCUUUAACUGAUGAGGACUUGGAGAAAUGCAGGAGAAUUUUCUCUAGAACAGGCAUGUUGGGACAAAAAGAGACAGAAGGGAAAAGCAGUCCUGAUGAAGAAGCAUUGCAGAGUCCGUCUGAGCUAGAAGAACUUGCAAAAGUCCAUGAAUCAAAACCUGAAAGCCUAAUUUUUUUUGAAGAUGAUGAUGAUGACGACGACAAUGAUGCCUCUAAGGAUGUGUUGAUUGUAAAACGGCGAAAUGUAUUUGGCUUAGAAUCAGAAGAGAAAGCACCAUUGGCUACACAGAAUGUAAAGGUGAAGAAGAAAAUAACUAAGACAAAAGAAGCUAAAAAGGUUUUGAAGAGAAAUUUUAAAGUAAAUACAAAAAUUGUAUUUACUGAAGAUGGAGAGUUAAUUCAGCAGUGGCCACCAGCACAAAAAUCUACCCUGAAGGAAGAGGAAGAUGGUGAUGAUUGUAAUGGGAUCAAUCUAGACAAAGCAAAAGAAAGACUUCAGGAAGAGGAUAAAUUUGACAAAGAGGAAUAUAGGAAGAAAAUUAAAGAAAAACACAGGGAGAAAAGGCUUAAAGAAAAGGCAGCUAGAAGGGAAGCCAGGAAGAUGAAUGCAAAGAUUGAAGAGGACACUGUAGCUCUUCUGGAUCACAGUGACAGUGAUGAGGAAUUUGAUCCAAGUACACUUCCAGAUCCAGAUGGCCCCAAAGAUGAGGAACAAGAAAUUCUUCCAAAAAACCACAGCAAACGUGGAAUGGAUAAGCAGCAGUUGGAUGGAAGCAAAUCAGAAGGGGAAACAACACAAAAGAGGAAGAAGAUGAAAACUAACCAAGAGGACUCUUUUCUACCAUUAGAUACAGGUCUUUCCCUUGCAGAAGAUGAAGCAUUAGUAGUACAGUUGCUCAACAAUUAAACCUCUUUUUUUCCUCUUGGAAAUAUUAUUCAGG